AUGGACACUGCAGAGGUAAUUCUCUCUGUGUUGGUGGUUGUGAUUAUUAUAGUGUCGUUGCUGUCCAACGUCCUGGUGCUGAUCUGCUUUCUGUACAACCCAGAGAUCCGCAAGCAGGUCCCAGGUCUGUUCAACCUCAACCUCACCUUCUGCAACUUGUUGCUGACUGUGUCCAACAUGCCGCUCACUUUGGUGGGACUUGUCAGUAAUGCUCAGCCGGGAGGAGACAGAUUUUGCCAGAUCGUGGGCUUCCUGGAGACGUUCCUGUCCACCAACUCAAUGCUGAGCAUGGCAGCUCUUAGCAUCGACAGGUGGAUCGCGGUGGUGUUCCCCCUGAGGUACCACUCCAAAAUGCGCCAUAAAGAUGCGGCUUUUGUGCUCGGGUACACGUGGGCACACUCCAUGUCCUUCUCCACGGUGGCCACCUGCCUCUCCUGGGUGGGAUAUCACCGGCUUUAUGCGUCCUGCACCCUGUCCAACUCGAGUGCGAGCAGUCCGACCCAGUUUGUUAUCUUCACCGUCUUCUUUCACUCCUUCACCUUUCUCCUGUCUUUUAUAGUGCUGUGUGUCACAUACCUCAAGGUGCUUAAAGUGGCAAGGUUUCAUUGUAAGAGGAUCGACGUUAUUACAAUGCAAACUUUGGUGCUGCUGGUGGAUAUACACCCGAGUGUUCGCCAGCGUUGCCUGGAGGAGCAGAAGAGGCGACGACAGAGAGCAACAAGGAAGAUCAGCACCUUCAUCGGCACCUUCAUGCUCUGUUUCGCUCCUUAUGUGAUCACAAGGAUCGUGGAGUUAUUUCCAGCGGUGCCUAUCAACCCCCACUGGGGAAUUGUCUCCAAGUGCUUAACUUACAGCAAGGCAGCCUGCGACCCCUUCGUGUACUCACUGCUCCGACACCAGUACAAGAAGACAUGCACUGACAUCAUCAACAGGCUGCUGAAGCGUAGCUCCUUGAACACGUCCGGGCGCAGGCAUGAGAACCAAGGCAACAACAUACCGACGGCAGAAUGA